AUGAAUAAUCCUGGCAAAGCCAAGUCACAGCGUGGGGGUCCUGCUCAGGCUCUCCGAACCCCUGGAAAUUUGAGGCCAGCGAGGACCGGUCGUCACAUUGAGUACCGUGUCACCUACACCUGGAACCGUGGGGGGAGACUGAAGGAACUGCGAAUCAGGCACCUGGCUAGAAAGUUUCUCUAUCUCUGGAUAAGAAGAACGUUUGGGAGGGUUCUGCCGUCUGCCGCUAGGCAUCAUUAUUUCCGUGGCUUGCUGCGUUCCUGCUUUGCCCAAUGGAAAGAAGAGUGGUGGAUAGCAUGUAAAGAAUGGAGGCUUGGCGUUCGAGCUGACUGCCACUACAGGUAUAUCUGUUACAAGAUGUGUUUCUAUGCAUGGAAGAAAUUUGUGCAGAUACAGCGGAAGACCAAACGGAAAUAUCAGGUUGCAGAACGCCAUGUUCAGAAGCGGAUCAUGCAUCAGGCUUGGCAUCACUGGAUUAUCUAUGUGCAUAUCUGCAGAACCAAGCAUCACAUGCUUUCUGAAGCUCUGGAGUUCAGACAAUAUGGAGACCUGCACAAUACGUGGCACAUGUGGUUGGUCCAGUUCCAACGUAGACAAAAAAUCCACUAUAUGGAGACUCUGUCCCUAAAACACUGGGCUGUGGGCCUGCAAAUGAGGGUUUGGCUUCAAUGGAGAGAAUUAUACCUUAUCACUCAGGAGGAGAAGCAUAAGGAGCAGAAGGCAUUAAUGCAUUUUCAGUGCUGCAAGUUGAAGACCUCAAUGAGAUCCUGGCUUAUCUACAUAUAUUAUCGAAGACGCAAGAGGCAGCAGAAUACGCUGGCCGUGCGUUUCUGUAAUGCAAAUGUGAUACAGCAAUAUUUCUCAAUCUGGGUCCACAUCUUUGAUGAAGUUAAAAAGAUGCAAGCCGUCCAAGAACGCUGUGGUUUCCUAGCACGUCGAUGUGUUCUUAGAAGAACCUUUACUCACUGGAAACAUUACAUGCUGAUUGUCUCUGAAGAAGUACAUUUGCAAAAUCUGGCCCAGAACCAUUAUCGAUUGCACCUAAUGGAUGUUGGCUGUCGUGCCUUAAAGAAAAAUGUAUCGCUUGUACAUACCACACAGAAGAGGAAGGAGCAAGCUAGCCAUCAAUACCAAUCUUGGCUGCUGCGUAGGUUCUGGACUGUGUGGCAAUAUCGUCUGGAGCAAAAAGAGGAAGAAAGACUUGGCUCUCUUACAAUGGCAGCACAGUCUCACUACAGAUUGUUGCUGUUGCAGAAAUACAUCAGUGCCUGGGUGCAGUACAUUCAGCUGCACAAGUUUAAAAAGGUGCUGGUCACCACAGCAGAGAGCCAUUAUGCCAAGAGCCUGUUACCUCGCUGCUUCAAUACAUGGAGGACAUGCACACACUUACAGCAGAAGAACAGAGAAAUGGAAGAUCAAGCCAUCGGGUUUCACAGGUCUUGUGUACAAAGAAGAGCGCUUUCUACCUGGUGUGAGAAGCUGAACCAUCAGAAGGAGACUCGCUUGGCUGAGAGAAUGGCUGUAUUGCACUAUAACUGGCAGCUGCUGGAUCAGUACUGGAGCUUAUGGAAAAGGCGCCUGUCAGCUGUUCAAGGAGAGCACGAGUUGGAAAUGUUGGCUUCAGAGCACUGCUGGAGACAGCAGCUGAUCCACAUGUUACACACCUGGAGAAAACAUGUACAAGACAUCAAAGCUGAGCGAUCCAAAGAGGAGGCAGCAAUGAGUCAUCACAGACAGCACUGUAUGAAGAUAUGCUGGCAUCACUGGAGAAUGUUUUUGUCUUACAGGUUUCAAAAGCGACAGAGAAAGCUCUGUGCUCAGGAACACUACCAGCGCUGGCUUCUGGCAAAAUUUCUAAAUUCAUGGAAGCUUUAUCAUAGAAAUUCUAAGGACAUAUUACAGACAGUGGUGACUAAAGAGAAGCUGUACAAAGAUGCUAUCCUCCGGGAGGCCCUGCACACUUGGCGAAGUCACACAAUGGCUCAAACUGAGGAGAGAAAGCAGACACUCCUUGCUGUAAAUCACUACAGAACCACCACACUAAAACAGGUGAUGCGAGCAUGGAGAGAUGCAGCGUGUGUUCAGGCAUAUAACAGGGAGCAGAUGGCAGAGCAAGUCAGUGAAGCAGCUGCAUGUCUACAAAAAGGAAAACUUCAGCGCAUGUUCUUGUACUGGAGAGAACACGGCAAAACUACUAAGGUUCUGCGAGUUAAGAUGGAGAUGGCAACCAAACACUAUGCUAGAUGUUUGUUGAGGCAUUGCCUAAAACUGUGGGAAGUCUACCAUUCUGUACACUGGAGGAAAAUGCUUUUGCAGCGGCAGCAGAACAACUUCUUCAGACUCAGCCUCAGUAAAUCCUGCCUGAGAAAAUGGCAGCAGAUGCUGGUGGAGAAAAGGCGGCAGGACAAGCAGACAAUACAAGCCUUGUGGCACUGGUCUCUUAAUCUGCAAGGAAAGGUGUUUGAUUGUUGGCUGACCUAUGUUCUUGAGCGUCGGAGAAAAAAGCAACGACUUGCUGAGGCUGUGGAAGUGUACCGAACGGACCUUAUGCGGGAAGGGGUGACAAGGAUUUUGCGUUUUAUGUCUGGAAUGAAGCAGUACAGAGCUGAGCUAUCCACUCAACAUCAGUUGAAAGAGGUAUAUACACAGAAUCGGGCAGUACGUCGCUGUGCCAUGAUCUGGAAGGAGAAAGUGUUUAAGAAGCGCCUGCAGGUUUCUGUUCAAAAAAAGAAAGUGACUUUCCAGAUGCCAUUUCAAGAUGUACGACAUGGGGAAGAGAUCUGCUCCUCUACUUCAAAGAUUUCUUGCCCAUAUUCUACAGGCAGAGGCAGUGCCACCCUCCUAUUAAGUGGGGAACCCACCCUGAGCACAGUUACAGUGAGGUCAAAGCGCCUAAAACCUUGCACUCCAGACUUCUUGUUGCACUCCCUGGAAAAAGAAGGGUUUCUUGGCACCAUGUUCAUGGAUGUCCAAAGCCAAGACCUCGGUUCUCAAAUUGACCCCAGUGCCAAGGACAGCUCUAAGAAUUAUUCAUCAAGUCAAGCUUUACAUUUAGACAAUGGAACACAGCUGGAACUGAAAUCAACAAGUUCUGUUCGUGACCCACCGGAAAAUAAACAGGUCAUUAUUUCCCAUGCUGACGGUCUGCAAGCACCUUCAUGGAUCUCUAGUGGUCCUGUGCCAACAGCAUCUCAGACCUGCUCAUUGCAGCCAAUAGCAGAACUGAUGCCUCCUUCUUCCUUCAAGCCUCGGGUUCAAACACAGAGCAUGGCCAUACCUACCAUGACAGAGAGGUCAGAGACUGGAAAGCAGCCUCAUUUGAAGCUUGUUUCAGACUACUCCGGCCAGCUGUUAUCACCGACUGACUUCCUUCUUGGCAAAGGGGUAAAGGCACGCAUCACAACCAAUACAGCCAUCAAAAAGAAGUGCUCAGUAUGUGAUCCUGAUGCUUGUCAACUCCCCAGCUUUGGUGGUGAAAGAGUGGAUGGAACCACAUGUACCAAGUACUCCAGCUAUCAGAUGGCUGUAGGCUUUGGGUUUGUGUCUAUGACAUCAGCUGGAGAUGCCUCUGAGAUCGCUCAGAAUUCAUUGACGGUAAAUGAGACAACUGUACAAGAAGAAGCAUCAAGCCCUUUGCUAAAAGCAGAGGAGACACGGAUUGCUGCCCUUCAACAGGAACUUGCUCAGAUUUCCCACAAUAUGCAGAGAUACCAGGAGAAGAAGGAGAACCUCAAAGCCUGGCGAAGGCAUGCCCGUGUGUUAAGUAGAUGGUUGCAGUCUGGGGACCAUGGGAUGGACCCCGCAGAACACGCAAUUGCUCAGGAAGUGGGGAAUGAACUACAGCAGCUGGAAAGACAAAUUGAAGAAUGUGUACAGGAAGUAAAUGUGGAGAAGACGAAAGUGCGUAGUUAUAUUACCCGCAUUCAGGAAAUCACUGCAUCACUGGAUGGCUUUUCUUUGCCCAUGUUGUAA